GUGUUCACUGAAUUGGUGAACUCUGAUUUUGAUAAUCUAGUGAGUACCAUUUACUCAACUGAUUGACUCAACAGUUACUCUGUUAUAAAUCUCCGAAACAUGGUAGUCUGUCAUCAUUCUCGAUAUGGCAAACGCGCAGUUACAGUACACGGUUCUUCCAACUCCACGCGGCAGUAGAUACCUUUUCUACUGGUGGCUACACCUACCAAGUUGGAAAAAGGAAGAGGAAUGACUGGAUCUCUUGGAAGUGCACCAACAAAGACUGUCGUUCCACAGUAUCGACAGUCAAUGACAUCAUGACGAAAGAGUCAAGUCCUCAUAACCAUGAACCAGUGAAUCAUGACUUUAAGGUAUGCAUUACGGCCUCAUAAGAAUGUCAAUAUUGAUACUGCAGGUAAAAAAGACUAGACUACUGACUGAAAUAAACGUAUUUAUGCAAAUGUAAUUACAGAUAACACGUAUUAAAAUAUUGCAUUUCUUAAAUGUGAUUUUGUAUAUUUGACAGAUCCGAGAGUCGUUGCAGAAUCUCAAACAGAAGGCCAAGUCAUCCCUGACCCCCAUGCCAACACUGUUCGACGACGCAGUAAUGUCAUUGAAGAAUGGUGAAGCCUGGACUGAUGAAAGCAGGUCCGUAGUGGAAGCCAUGCCCACAUUCCACGCGAAGAAGGACACUCUGCACAGAGCAAGACGUUACCACCACUUCCUGCACACAGAAGAGACCUCGUCAUCCCAGACCAGUUUCAGACCCUCGAAGAUCCUUGGCUUCAGUACCACCAGCAACCUCCGAUUUCUGUGUGCAGGCGACACCAUCUACGGAGAUGGAACCUUUUACGUGACUCCACGUCUCUUCUACCAGCUCUACACCCUCCAGCCCUUCGUCGCCAACAAGAUGGUGCCCCUGGUAUUCCUGUUGCUGCCAGACAAGAAGAAGGAGACCUACGACAGAGCCUUCCGCCUGGUCAAGGAUGCUGCUGAGAACCGAGGGUUACAGCUACUGCCCCAAACAAUACAGAUGGACUUUGAAGCAGCGGCAAAGAUAGCAGCCCUCGACGUCUUCCCCAAUGCCACUUGGAAAGGCUGGUUUUUUUCCAUUACACCCAUCAAAUUAUUUGUAAAUAAAUCAAUAUUCCACCCUUAUUAUGCCUAG